AUAGCUUGCAGUGAUGACGCAAAAAUGACUAGGUAUCCCACCUUACCCUGUCCCUGUCCCUUUCUUGUUUUUAAACGGUGAGAUAAGUGCUACACCUGGUGGAGAGAGGCUGUAAGACAGAAUUAGUUGCUUUCUGCGUGCUGUACGUUACGCCAUGACACGUCACGAUGUAACAUACAGCGUCAGAGGGGUCAGUUUUUUAAACUUUUCUCCAAUACUAUAGAGCCAUUACCAUGUCAAUCAACACUUGAAUAGAAACAUAGUUCACACCCCAGAUUUUGGGGUCAACACAGUCACUACAGUCCCUUUAGUUUUCUUUGCAGCCUCGUUUGAAUGUCGCGGUUGCGCACAUUUGUAUGGAAUGUGGUUAGCCUACAUUACCACUCCUUUCACCUCUCCCUGCCGUCUGCCACAAUAUUGAUAUAAGCUGUACAGGGCUCUGUAGCAUCAAAAAUAUGUUAGACAUUCAGAUAUAUCCAAAUAAUGUUUAUUUGUCAAAAACAAAAAUACAAGGGCGUGUACAAUAUAUGAUGCUAACUAAAAAGGAGAACUGGGUAUUCAACAAGAAUGGUACUGUAUAUGGUAAAAGUAACAUACAGUACAAAAAAAUACACAAUGAACAGUGUAGUACAGUUCAAUGUGUCUCGGGUGUAGUAAAAGGCAGAGAACUGGUAGCUACGCAUUGUUACUACAGAUAAUGUGAUUUAACCAAAUCAUUUUGGUAUCCAAUAUUGGGAGUUGCAGAAUAGGUACUAUUUGGUAUAGCACAGAGAAUGUUCGACCAACCUCAGCGAUGCCGUCUUCGUCCUCAAUUGGUGGAAACAGGAGUCUCAAAAUGUCUGUGUCCAGUUGCAGGGGAUGAGUUUGAAUUUAGAAAAUGCUCCGUUAUUAAAAUAAAACAUUUUUGCUCCAUGAAGUAAUCCAACAGUGUACACCAACAUCUUAUCUAUUUCUAGUCUUCUCUAAUUGAUCGAGACAGGUGAGUGUCCACCCUAAAGUGCCGCAUGUCAUUGUGACACACACACAGCCAGCCACAGCCACGCACGCACGCGCAUGCACACACACACACACACACAGCCUAUAAUCAAUGGAGAGAGUUCAAAGUUUCAUGACUGGCUGACACACUUGCUAUUCAUGUCAGUGACAUGUAACUUAUUAUCAGGAAGUCCCAGGUAAAGUAUAAAGCAUGACACACAACAACCAGUCAGAUCCCCUCUUACACAAACAUCCUUGCCUCCUCUGUGAAGAUGUCCAGCUCUCAAACAACCACCACUAAUGGGGUGGUGGUCAUCACCCAUGUCUACCCCUAUGGGAACGGGGUGGGGGUCGCGGGGGUCACUUCUACCCCUCACUGUCUGGGACAGACGGUUUUCUCAGUGCUGGGAAGUUUCCGGGCAGGGCAUCCAAAAGCGCUUGGGACCGUACAGAUCAUGAUUGGUUUGAUGAUGCUGUUAACAGGGAUUGUGAUGGCUACAGCCCCGUGGUUGGAUAAUAUUGGAGUAGUCAGUGGAAUAUUUGUCUGGGGAUCGAUCAUUUAUGUAGUUGCAGGCUCUCUCACUGUUGCCGCUGACAACAAACUGAACAAAUGUCUGGUGAAAGGCUCCCUGGGAAUGAAUGUUGUCGCCACGGUUACUGCUCUUACUGGCAUCAUCCUCCAUUCUUUAGAUAGUGCUGGGAUCAUGUUGUACUGUGACUCUACAUACGAUUUCUGUCAACAGUACUGGGUCAGGUCUCAGGGAAUAUCAGGUGUUUUGGCUGUUUUCUCCUUGCUGGAGUUCAUAGUGUCCAUUUGUGUCUCGUCAUUCGCCUGCAGAGCUGUCUGCCUGUGCUGCCGUUCCACCCCUGAGCAAGUGUCCUCCAUUGGGUAUCAAAUACCGGUACCUCAUGGCAGCAUGACUCCAAGCAACGCACCUUACCCUCCUCAGAACAACUACGAGACUGGGAACUACCCGAAGGUUCCUGAGGGAGACGGUAUGGGUACAGGGUUUCAACAGAACCACCUGCCUCCUCAAUACACUGCCUGAGAAACAGGCCUGUGAAUCCAUUGCUAUUUUUCUUGUUGAAAUCAUGUUCUCAUGGAGACCUAUGUUUCUGAUCCAAGCCAGGCAAUGGUUAGAAGCACCACAUCACUGAUCUGAAUAAUUUGACAGUUAAAUACUGUUAGUGUAUCGUAAUGUUAUAUAUGAUCUUUUGGCUACUAUAUGGUUAACAUUUUAAUGUUUUUUCUGUCUCUCAUAAUUUUCUAUAGAAAAAUAGUAGCCUUCAUUUAUCAACAAAAAUCAACCACAGUGUAUCCUUUGUCAAUGUUUGUAAAUGACAUGGGCCUAUAAUGAUGACAUUUAUUGCAAAUACAUAUCACUGAAUAAACUGGAAA